AUGGCCUCCAAUUCCACCGGGCGCCCCGCCAGCGUCCUCUUCGUCUGUCUAGGAAACAUCUGCCGGUCACCAAUGGCCGAAGGAGUCUUCCGUAAUGUGGCCGCCUCCCACCCCUCCCUCAUCGACGAGAUCGACUCGGCCGGCACAGGUGCCUACCACAGCCUCGAACCUCCCGACUCGCGCACCAUGUCCACAUUGCGCCGCCAUGGGAUCGCCAACUACAACCACGCUGCCCGCAAAGUCACCAAGGAAGACUUCUUGAAUUUCGACUACCUUCUCGCCAUGGACAAAUAUAACCUACGCGAUCUGUUGGAUGUGCGCGACUCGGUGAUCGCAUCGCUGCAGAGGAAGGCUGCGCCGAGGUCUGGGUCGAGAUCUACCAGAGCUGCGGCUGAUGCUGCCAUCGCUGAGCAGGGUGUCGAUGCCAAGGUCGCCGAGGUCCGUCUCUUUGGCGAUUUUGGACCUGGUGGCAAGCUGCACGAUCGCGUUGGAGGCGGGGAGGUUGUGCAGGAUCCCUACUAUGGGGGUGCCAAUGGGUUUGAGGAGGUCUACCAGCAAGUUGUGAGGUUCUCCGAGGGCUUCGUGGGUUACUUGCAGAAACACCAUGCGGGAUCCGACGAAUAA